AUGGGUGUAGCAGACACUAAGCGGAGCGCCCGAGCUCCCUCAUCCCCCCCUUUGCGAACGGGCUCUGGCAGUUCUACCAUACUGAAUGUCUUUGCUAGAAUCGUUGCUUGGUAUCUCCUAUAUACUGUCCUUUUUGUCUGUCCUGAUGUACCAACAAACGAUUCGCCAACAAUCUGUCAUACCUCUCACACUGUUUCAACGACAUUACGGCCACAUCUCGAACCCUAUUAUAACCAAUACCUUGAGCCUUACGUCACUGAAUAUUCUCCGUGGGUCAAGAAAACCAACGAGAAAUACCUUGUUCCAACCUACGAUAAAGUCACGGAUUCUUACAAACAAUAUGCUGCUCCACACGUCGCUUCUACCCGCAACUUUGUCGCCAACAAGUACGACAGUGUGGUGAAGCCUCGCGUUGGCAAAGUCUCCGCGAAGUCAAAGUUUUAUUACGACGAAUAUCUCUCUGCUCAAGUUGCCAAGGCCAUCAAGUUCUACGGUAUUGCCCAGCCUUUCAUCGAGAGUUCUCGGACGAAAUUGGAGGGUGCUUACAGGAAUACUGUUGCUCCUGCGUAUGAGAAAGCGCUUCCACACGUGGCAUUGGCCUACGAGAAAACAAAAUAUGUGGUUCUCACCAUAGUGGCUCCUCUAGUCAGGGAAAAUGGGGAGAAGGCUGUUUAUUGGGGGAUUGGUAUUUGGAGCGACGUUGUUCGUCCACAGGUCGGAAGAAUUGGAGAGCGCCUUGGCGGUACUGGUAACGGAACACCUGCAGUGUCCGCGCCCGGUUCUCCCUUCUCUUCUUUGACAAAUCUUGAUGUAGCCAAAGCCGCCGAGGCGUCUUCAUCCCUGGACUCAAUGAUCUUGUGCGCAUCUGCAAAGGCCGCAUCGGCCAGGUCAUCUGCAGCAUCGAGUGCAUCUCAAGCAGAACAAGCAGAACAAGCAUCUGCAGAUCACAGUAAAAAUCUGUCUCCUGAGGAAGUCCAUAAGUUGGUUGAGGAAGACCUUGCCCGAUACACACAGAAGUUCAAGGAUUCGGCUGCAAAGGCAUCGAACGAUCUUAAUGCGCGGAUUGAUGAAAUCUCGGCCAAGGGCAAAGGAAAGAAGGCCUCGUAUGCAGGGAAAGAAAUUGACGCUCUCCAGAAGCUGGUGGAGAAGGAAUUCAACAAGAUUAAGAAGGUGACUCUUAAAAUCGUAUCUGGGUUGACCCCGGAUAGCAACGCGGAGGAGAAACAAGCUGCUUUGGAUAGCCUCCUCACUACAACUAAAGAAGCCGGCCUCAAGAUUCGUGAUAAAGCUCAAGAGCAACGGCUUGAAUCCCAAAAGUAUCUUGCAUCAAUUUAUGAUGAUGUUGCAGCUGCUGCCGAUAACCAUCUCGAGGCCUUUGACUCGGUUCGGGAUCUGUCCAUGCAAGAACUCGGGAUGAAGUGGGCAUGGAUGGACCACGUUUCGUACAAAGAUUGGAGGCGAUACCAUGCAUUGAAGGAUGAUUUUGAAGGCCUCAAGCGGGAAAUCGUAGCCACUGCCCAAAAAAACCAAAAACUCAUUGAAGUUACAAGAUGGGUCGAGGGGGAAUGGGAAGGAAUGGCGACUGAUAUUGCAAAAGAUGCUGCUGAAGAGCUGAAGAGAUUGAAGAGAGUUAGCAAGAGGAAAAUUGAGCUGGCUGACUCGUCUGAUGACUUCUCUGAUUCAACUUUGCCGGUUCUUGUAGAAAAGACGGGGCAGCAGGUACUGAAGAAAGUGGAAGAGGUGAAGGGGGCAGUUAUUCCAGAGGCGAAGGAGAAGGGGGCUUUGGAGAAAGCUGCUGAUAAAGUCUCGGCUGCUGUUGGUGGUACGGAAAAGCCCGCUACUGAGCGUGUUGCUGGCGCUGCUAGCGAGAAAAUGGAAAGUGCUGCAAGUGCAGUCUCCGCAAAGGUACGGGUAUCGGCGUGGAUUACGAUUGGAGCAUUUCUAACGAGUCUUCAGAUCUACGGCACUCAACCGAAUGCUUUUGAAAAAGCACCCACCGCUAUUGGAAAUGCGCUCCCUGGAAAGGAAGAAUCCACCCCAUUGGCCAGUGUCGUAAAAGCGCACGUUCCCGGUGGUGUUUAUGCCGGCUAUGUCGGUGCUUCCAGAGUUGAAUAUGAGUACGACCCCGAAGAAGAAGAAACCCUCGGCGAAAAAGUAAAUGACAUCAUCGAUGCUGUCAAUGAUAAGCUCGUCGAUGCCUCCCGCGCAGUUUCCGAAGCUUUAGUAGGCGCAACCACAACUCAAGCUGUUGGAGAGAAAUAUUCGUCUAUUGCUAGCGAAAAGUACGACUCUGCUCUUAGUGCUGCCUCAAGCGCACUCUAUGGAACUCCACAACCAGCAGGCGAAUCGAUCGUUAGCAUUGCGACGGACAAGUACUCUGCAGCUGUUGCAGCUGCCAGCAGUGUCAUCUACGGAACUCCAACGCCCAUGAUAGAGCUGUUUGCAUCCCAGGCACAGGCAGCCUAUGAAAGAUCACAAACAGUUGCCAAAGAUGAGUAUCGUAAGGCAAUGCGUAAAGUCGCUACAAUGGUUUAUCCUGAGGAUUUGCCACACAAGGAUUCUGCUGCGUCUGCUGCGAAGGAAGCUUAUAACGAGGCUUUAACAGCUGCCGAAGCUCAGUACUCAAGUUUACUCAAGGAAGCAUCAAAAGUUCACAGCCGCUAUGACAGUGUAGCUAGCGAGGCGCGAGCAAGCUAUGAUUCUGCUCUUAGUGCUGCAAGCACUGCAAUUUAUGGAACACCACAGCCGGCCUCUGAGAGCAUUUUAAGUGUUGCCAAAGAAAAGUACCAUCAAGCUUUGAACGAGGCUCAAAUUACAUAUGACAGUUGGUAUAGCGUUGCUUCUACGGCGGUUCUACCUCCCCCCACUCCAACAUUUGAAAUCAUUUCAUCCCGACUCUCCCAAAGUGCCGAGAGCGUAGCCAGUGCCGCUUCUUCAGUGGUAUACGGUACCCCGCAACCUUUCACUGAAUCAGUUGCAUCAGUCGCCGGAGAGUAUGCUUCGGUCGUCACUGAUUCGGCCGAAGAGCGCUUGGAGUCAGUCAAAGCCUUUGUGUCUGAACUCGUUUCGGGGAAAGAACCAGCGUACACCGAGAGUGUAAUGAGUAGAUUCUCAUCCCUUAUGUACGGAACUGAUGCUCCCAUUCUCUCCCGAGCUACGUCUGCCGCUGGCGAAGCCUACGAAUCUGCUUCCAGCAUGAUGUCGGAUAACUUUGAAUCCGCAACCAGUGCAGUCGGGAGCAUGAUGACCCCACCCCCCGCGUUAGAAAGUAUUAUUUCCGCAGCAAAUGAACAAGUUCAAGCUGCCAUUUCUAUAGCAAGUGAACAAGUCUACGGCACCACUCAAGACACCGCAGAAAGCGUAACCAGCGUCAUCGGAGAGGCCUAUGAAAGUGCAGCAUCACAAAUAUCAGAAGCCAUCUACGGCCGCCAAACUGGUGCUUUCGAGUCGGCCACUCUAAGGAUGCAGGAAGCCGCUGAAUCAGCACAACGAGCGAUUUCCGAGGCAGUCUACGGAACUUCGAAAGGAACUUUCGAAUCUGCUACCAGCGCCUUUGCUGAGAGCGUCGAUACUGCCACUUCAGUCUUGGGCGAUAAUCUUGCUGCUGCGACUGAAGCCGCUCAGGCAAGGAUCUCGGCUGCCAUCUACGGCCCGCAACAAGGAGUUGUCGAGAGUGCGCAGAGCAGGAUCUCUGAGGCGGUCGAGAGUGCGAAGAGCUCUUUAUCUGAGGUCGUCUAUGGAACACAGACGGGAUAUGUCGAACAGGCUGCCAGCUCUGUGUCUUCUGCUGCCAGCGCGGCGUCCUCUGUCGUUGAUGAAGCGAUACAAAGCGCGACGGAGAAGGUCAAGGAUGCAUAUUCAACCAUCAGGGAUGAGCUAUGA